GCGCGUGCUGCGGCGGCUCGGCGAGGACCGGCCGCUGGGCCACCACCGCUCCGGCGGGGUCCUAAGACCCAGUGCCAAGUGUGAGGGUCUCUGAGGGGCUGGCACCGGACAGCACCGCGCACCGCACACCUCAGCUGCUUCCCCCCUUUGGAAAAACAGUUUUUUUACCCGGGCCUGGGGCUGCUCGUCUUGUCCCCCUAGUUAGGAUAGUUUUGUUCGGAAGCGGCUUUGAGACUGUUCACAUCUCGUCAGAAGCACAGUAGAGAUUAACAUAUAAACACGCGCUACUUGCUUUAUUUACACGCUCUCCGUCUCCAGGCUCAGGUGUGAGAUGACCUCUGCAUAGCAUGCUACAAAUUUGCGUCUUAUAUAAUCAACCGCUUCGGUAAACUCAUUUGACAAAGUGAUCGGGAUAAAUCUCUGGCGAUACUUUGGACGUUAAAUCCAGCCUUUAUUAUCUUUGGGCUCAACUAAAGCAGAAACCCCUGAAAUUGAAUUUUCAGCCUUCAGUUUUCUCAGAUUUAUCUGCUCUUGACAAAGGAGACCUGUGUUAAUUUGCUCCUGCUUUGUGGAAGAUCUGGCCUCUCAAAAGGCAUCACUGUUUUAUGGUGUGUGAAGAUAACCCAGAAAAUAAAAGAAGUUUCUAAGGAGAAUUUGCAGAGGAUGCUCUAGAUAAAAUCCAAGUAUCGAAGAAAGUGAGAAUCAUGGACCAGAACAACAGCCUCCCGCCCUAUGCUCAGGGCUUGGCCUCCCCACAGGGUGCCAUGACUCCUGGAAUUCCCAUCUUUAGUCCAAUGAUGCCUUAUGGCACAGGACUUACUCCACAGCCUAUUCAGAACACCAAUAGUCUGUCUAUUUUGGAAGAGCAACAGAGACAGCAGCAGCAACAGCAGCAGCAACAACAGCAGCAGCAGCAGGCAGUAGCAACUGCAGCAGCCUCAGUACAGCAGUCAACAUCUCAGCAGUCCACACAGGGUGCCUCAGGCCAGACGCCACAGCUCUUCCAUUCUCAGACUCUGACGACUGCACCCUUGCCAGGCACCACUCCCUUGUACCCUUCACCAAUGACCCCUAUGACCCCUAUCACUCCUGCCACACCAGCUUCUGAGAGCUCUGGGAUCGUACCACAGCUACAAAACAUUGUAUCCACAGUGAAUCUUGGAUGUAAACUUGACCUAAAGACCAUUGCGCUUCGUGCCCGAAAUGCUGAAUAUAAUCCCAAGCGGUUUGCUGCUGUCAUCAUGAGAAUAAGAGAGCCACGGACAACUGCAUUGAUUUUCAGUUCUGGAAAAAUGGUGUGCACAGGAGCCAAGAGUGAAGAACAAUCCAGACUAGCAGCAAGAAAAUACGCUAGAGUUGUGCAGAAGUUGGGCUUUCCAGCUAAGUUCUUAGACUUCAAGAUCCAAAACAUGGUGGGGAGCUGUGAUGUGAAGUUCCCCAUAAGGCUGGAAGGCCUUGUGCUGACCCACCAGCAGUUCAGUAGCUAUGAGCCAGAAUUAUUUCCUGGAUUAAUCUACAGAAUGAUCAAACCCAGAAUUGUUCUCCUUAUUUUUGUUUCUGGAAAAGUUGUAUUAACAGGUGCUAAAGUUAGAGCAGAAAUUUAUGAAGCAUUUGAAAACAUCUACCCCAUCUUAAAGGGAUUCAGGAAGACCACAUAGUGGCUGCCAUGUACCCCGCCUCCCCUACCCACUUGUUUUUUAAAACCAGUCAGUUUUGGCACCACUGAUGGUACAGUUGUGAGAAGGACACUCUUCACAGGUGGCAGUGAAGUGACAUGUGUCCUGCUGCAGGACACUGGAAAGGUUACCUCCUCUGCACUGAGAUCACCUGCAGCAUCACUGUGAGUCGCUUGCUCUGUGCUGCUAUCUGGGCAGCACUGCCCACUUAUUUAUAUUAGAUUUUAAACACUGCUGUUGAUGAGUUUGUUGGUUUAAGGGACAGAACUUUAAGUGUUAAAGCCACCUGUACAAUUGGACUUUUUAUUUUAACUUUUCCCACAUAAGCCAGUUUUUAUAUUUCUACCAGAAAAAGUAAAAAUCUUUUUUUAAAAGUGUUGUUUUUCUAGUUUGUAACUCUAAGGAGUUAUUUUUGUGCCAGAUACAUUCCGCCUUCCCAGUAUUGCAGAACUGAAUAGUUGUAUUAAUCAAAAACAAAUGUACAUACUUUUCUUUCUUCAGAGUACACUGCACAAAAAAAAAAAACAAAAAAAACGCAGCUUGUAAAUUGUUAGAUUUUUGUUAUAAAUGAUACCUUGUAAGACAUGUGAUCAUACUGUCAAAGAAAUUUAUUUUAGAUAUAAUGCCUGAGAUCAUU